ACACAUCACAAACACCCGGCAGUGCAGACAGAGACACGGAGAGGCAGAGACAGGGACGGGGAGGGAGACGUACUCUUAAAAGUUGUGAGAAGCAGAGAGUGAGACACUGAGCAGGGCGCCAGUGAAGAGGCUUCACUUUUAGACUGAAUGAAAACUUUCUAGAGAAGACAGGAGGGAUCAUUAAAUCUGAUUUGAGCUUUGAUCCAGUGGAUAAUCAGCCAUAUCUGAACAUCAUGGAUGGAGAAACUCCCUGCCAGGAGACGUCUGAGUCUACAGAGAUGACGAAUCACACUGACACAAACAACAACAACAACCAGACAGAUGAGCCAGGGCUGGUGGAGAGUAAAGACCCAGGGAGAAACACUGCAGCAGAGGAGACAGUCAAAGGUCAAGGGUUAAUGGAGGAGGGGGAGGAGGGGGAGAAGGGGGAGACGGUGGAGACGGUGGAGACGGUGGAGAAGGGAGAGAAGGGGGAGGAGGAUACAAUUGCACAACAGGAAGGAGAGGAGGCCAGUACUGAAGAUACAGAAAAGCCCCAGACUGCAUCAAAGCCUGCUGGAGGUGAUGCCGAAGAGGGCGGACAAGAUAAAGACAAAGCAACUACAGACGUGAAGGAUCCUGAACCAAUGAAUGGAGAAAAAGAAGAGGAAGGAGAGAGGGAAGAGGAUAAGAAAGGAGGGCAGGUGGAGGAGGAGGUCAAGAACAGUGACAAAAGCAAAGAGAAAGAGAAGACUGAGGAAACGGCAGAGGAAGAAGAGAAAAGUGUAAAUGGAAAGACAACGAAGGGGGCUGAGAAGAAAAAACAAGUCAAAGAAGUGGAAGCAAAAGAUAAAGGAAAGAUUAAGGAGGCAGAAAAGCAAGGGAAGACAAAAAGAAAGAGUGGACCUCCCUCUUCUUCUGCACUCCAGGCUCUGUCCCGACCAAGACCCUCGGCCCGCUCUAUUAGAGCAUCCACUAAGAAAGACAUUAUUGCCAAGUUCCAACAAGGUGCACCAGAGACACCAGUACAACGCAACUUCAAACUCCAGAAGUCAUCUUCAGCUUUGGCCACAGGCGCUUCAAUCAAACAGAAGAUGCUUCAGUGGUGUCGCAGCAAAACUCGCAACUACGAGGGCGUCAACAUAGAAAACUUCUCAUCGUCCUGGUGUGAUGGGAUGGCAUUCUGCGCUCUGAUCCACCGUUUCUUUCCCGAUGCUUUUGACUACAAUUCCCUGAGUCCUAAAGAGAGGGAGAAAAACUUCACUCUGGCCUUCGAAAAAGCAGAGUCCCUGGCUGACUGUUGCCCUCUGCUGGAGGUGUCUGACAUGAUCAUGAUGGGUAACAACCCGGACCCCAUGUGUGUGUUCACCUAUGUCCAGUCCCUCUGUCACAGCCUCUCCAAAAUAGAGAAAGAGAGGAAGGACAAAGAAAAAGAGGAGAAAGACAAGGCUGAUAAGGAAGGAGAAGAGAAAGGAGAAGAUGCAGCCGGGGAGCUCUCGACGGACAAGGGCGAGGAAGAGCCUGCUGAGGACGGGGAGCUGGAGAGCAAAGAGGAGAAGGAGGGAGAGGAGGCUGGCGAAGAGAAAGGUGCACCAAAGAGCUGUGAGAUGGAGGAAGAAGGAGGAGUGUUAGUCGGAGCAGAAUCUUAGAAAAGUGCUGACAGCAAACAAAAAGACUGAAAAGACCAAAAUAUUGUUGAUGAGGUACGACAUUGAGUAAGUCUUAGCUUGGUGUUGGAUUGAUACUGACACAGGAAAGAGGUGCAUCAGGUCGGCUCCAAUCAAAUGCUGUUAAUGUGAUGUUAUAGUCCGCUGUGUCGUGUCUACUGUGCUGUAUUUUAUUUUUCAUUCACUGCUGUGUUGUUGCAUAUGUUUGUUUUUGAGCACAAAAAGUAGAAAUG